UUUAUCCUUUGCUUGGUCUCCUAGUGGAAGGCUGAUGGCGAUCGCCGAUUGUGCGCGUUGCAUAUACCUGAUAAACACACAUGAUGGAUUAAAGACUCUGAUACGGGCUGACACUCCAACAAACUGUGGUAUGUUAAAGUUAUCUCCUGAUUGCCGGUUCCUAUUCGGUUUGUGUUGUGAGAUUGCUGAGAAUGAGAUUGUUCCCAAUUGCCAGAAUAUGUGUUUAGAUAUUGAGAGGGACACUGAAUCAGUAUAUAAUUUUUCUCAAUUUUAUCAAAUGACGAGUCUCAGCCAGUACGUUUUAGCAUUUCAAACUUGCAAUGCGAGUGGCUUUUUAUCAGGAGAUCCCUUUUGGUGUACAUUGGCACUACGUUUCGGUGGUUAUCCAAAGUUUGCACUUGUACUAAAUAAUGGGCUGUUUAUAGAAGCUUCCCCUUUUAGUGAUGAAAUCGACGUGUCUUGGCUUAACGACGCAAGGAAGGGGAGAGGUGAAAGUAGCGAUGAAUCGGAGCAAGGCACAGAUCUUGGUGACCUUACGGAACAGAGAGGCGAAAAUAACGAUCUAACGGAACAGAAAGCUGAAUUCGCUGGCCUACCAGAAGAGGUAGAACUUGUUGAUUUAGAUAACCCACUAGAAAUUGACGAUAUUCAGGAACGGAAAACUGACAACGAUGUCUUGUCAGGACGGAGAACUGAAGUUGUUGAUCUACUGGAGCCGAGAGCUAAACUUGACGACCUACCAGAACAGAGAGCUGAGCAUGGUGGUUUAGUAGAACAUGGUGCGAAACUCAACAACAUCACAGAAAAGAGAGAUGAGCUUGAUGACGUUGUGGUACAACGAACGGAAUUUAAUGACCCGCCAGAAAAGAAUAUUGAACUUCUUAACUCAAUGGAGGUGGGUGUUAAACUGGUUGAACCACCAGUAAUAUUGGAAAUUGACCCUUCGGUCCUAUCAGAGAAUGGAGCUGAUCUUUACGACUUUUCGGAAAAGAAUUCUAUAGUUCCUGACCAACAUGAACUCGACGACUCAGAUGAACUUCUCUUACAUGAACUUGAUCUCUUAGAUGAUGUGGAACGACAGGGACCUUUACUGGAGGACAUAGAGAAAAGCGACGUUGUUGAUCAUUUCUUCGGUAAAGAAGUUUAUUUCUCUAUUGAUGGCGGCUCUCUUUAUCUUGUAAAGGCUAGAACGAUACUGGGGAUAAAUCUUAGGACUGGGGAUAUUUUUACUAAAAGGUUUAAGGGCGAAAGAAGGCCUUUUGGUAUGCCCGGUUUUGUUUUUGUGCCCGUCAAAAGAGGUGUCUUAUUUAAAAGAGAUAGGAAGUCGCUUGAGUUGUGGAACUCUGAGCUGUCUGUUUGUAUUCAAAGGUGGCCUACCUUUGACGCCGCCUACGAUAUUGUACCCCUAUCAGAGGAACGACUCGGCAUUAAAGGCCUGUCUUCCUUUAGUCAGAACUUGAAAGUGACUGUUCUAGAUACAACAAGUGGAAAAAUUGUUUCAAUUAUUGGAAAUUUUGAUGGUACAUUUUUGGCAUGUAACAGUAAAUGUGAAGUGCUAACCUAUACUGAUGGGGACUCAAUGCAGCUGCGGUGUGAAAACAGAGUGUUGUGGGAAACUUCUCUCCAUCCCGAUCUGCAACACUUAGUCGUUUCUGGUAUUUUUUCUCCUACUGAGGAAUACUUUAUCAUUUCUGGUAAAACUGACUCGUACGUCUUCGAUGUAGUUUCGGGAAAAGUGAUUUCUCAAUUGAAGGACACGAAUGUAGAUUCUACAAAGUUUAUCAGCAACGAGGACUGCAUUGCGGGCGUUCGUGCUUCAUAUCCAUCAGGACAUUACUUUCUUCGAUUAUACAACGUGAAAUCUGGUGAUCUCCUGAGUGAAAUUGUGGAAGAACGAGGAGUUUCAAGUUUUGCAGUUUGUCCUUGUAAGCGCUUGGUCGCAGUUGGCCUUUUCUGCCCCGAGGACUACUUUGAAAUCAUUCAAGUGAAGCUUCCAGGCGAUAAUGAAAAGAAGAGCGACAAAAGGUUGAUCUUUCCAAAAGACUGAAGUCAACAAAGAUUUGCAGUUUUGUCGCAGAAUGGAAAAGACAUUGGCAGAAAAGGCUGUAUUCCGCUGAUUCCUAUGCUUUGGAGUGGUCACGAUUUGCCGGCCCCCCACAUCUGAACCGGAGAGACCGCUGACCAAAGUCAGCUCGAGUACAAAAAUGAUGUUAGUGACAAAAGAAUUGACAAGCUGUUCAAGGUCUCAUUUAAUACUUAUUCUAAAAAGGGACCUAGAUGAAUGUUUAGAGCUAUUCACAUUGAAAACGUUACCGAAAGCUUUUUACAGAGACCUCAUAAGUAUGCUUAAGCGUUCCUAAUGUAAACUGAAGACGAACAUUUAAUGAUUUAUCUUAUUGCUCUUCUGGUGUUAAAUCAACCAGCUACAAGCUAAGAAAUUGUUUUAUGGACGCUGAGUGCAGUUAGCAUUUCACGUUCAUUUACGAGUAUAAUUUCAGGGAGCUUGUUGCGACUUGUUAAACUUGUUAGACUGAUUCUUCGUUAGAAACGAAAAGUUCAGUAAGGUCUUAACUUCAUUUUCUGCCAAAUAACUUUUACAGCUUGAGACUUUUAGAGAGUACCACCUGUGAUGCUCUCGUAUUUUAGUUUAUUUUCUCUAUUAAUAGAGGUACUUUCAACUUUGUGUAAAUAAGAAAUCAGCGAAAUUUAUAUCCAAUUUAUGUGUACAUGAGUCAUACCAGCCUGGUUGAAAAUGGAACCAGAAUGACCGUGCGGCGAUCGUUUUUCCAGGGGAAAAAAAGGAUACUCAAUGCGCCUAUUUUUGCAUUUAAAUUAGUUUGCGUAUAUUUUUCAAAUUUGAUGACAAUACUUGAUGUUUUAAAAAAUACCUUCUUCUAUCAGAGAGGAAGGGCUGUAGUCACUCAAAGUAAAGUAGUGUUACAAUAAAAUGUAAACAGAGAAGGA